AUGCCCUCUCUGUCCUUCCUUGUUCGACCUUCUGUUGUCUCGUCCAGACUAGCUUCAGGCCGAGUUGGUUCUUUGUCCAGACACUUCUCUGCUACAGCUCUCAACAUGGCUCCCAUUUCCAAGGAAACCGAUUUUCUCGUCAUUGGUGGUGGCAGUGGUGGCAUUGCGACUGCCCGCGCCGCUGCUGGCAAGUAUGGCAUCAGGUCCAUGGUAAUCGAGGGCAAGCGUUUGGGAGGUACAUGCGUCAACGUUGGCUGCGUACCCAAAAAGGUCACCUUCAACGCCGCUUUCAUUGCCGAAACCGUUCACCAGGCCAAGGACUACGGCUUCAGUUUCAAGGAGACUGCUCCCUUCGACUGGACUACUUUCAAGCACAAGCGCGACGCCUAUGUUGCCCGUCUCAACGGCAUCUACGAGCGCAACCUCGCCAAUGACAAGGUCGAGUACGUUCACGGCUGGGCCAAGCUUCUGUCCCCCAACUCGGUUGAGGUCACUCUUGAUGAUGGCACCAAGUCUGUCGUCAACGCCAAGAAGAUCCUGAUCGCCGUGGGCGGCAACCCGACCAUUCCUCCCCAUAUCCCCGGCUCCGAGCACGGCACCAACAGCGACGGUUUCUUCGAUAUCGAGACCCUUCCCAAGAAGGUUGCUCUUGUUGGCGCCGGUUACAUUGCUGUCGAGUUCGCCGGCAUGUUCAACGCUCUUGGCGUGGAGACCCACCUUUUCAUCCGUCACGAUACCUUCCUUCGCACCUUCGAUCCCAUGAUCCAGCAGGUAUCAGUCAAGGAGUAUGAGCGCCUUGGAGUCAAGAUUCACAAGAGGAGCCUCCUCACUAGCGUCGAGAAGGAUGCGGCGGGCAAGCUGGCUCUCAAUUUCAAGGAGGGCGAGGGCGAGCAGUCGAUUGCCGAUGUCGACCACCUCAUCUGGGCUGUUGGCCGCACACCGGCGGUUGAGGGUCUCGGUUUGGACAAGGCCGGCAUCAAGACCAACGAGAAGGGCUAUAUCGAGGUGGACGAGUACCAGAACACCAGUACCGAGAACAUCUACGCCCUUGGUGAUGUGUGCGGUCACAUCGAGUUGACCCCCGUUGCCAUCGCUGCCGGUCGCAGGUUGGCCGCCCGUCUGUUUGGCCCCGAGCAGUUCAGGACAGCCAAGCUGAGCUACGAUAACGUGCCAUCCGUGGUGUUCGCGCACCCUGAGAUUGGUUCCAUCGGCCUCACCGAGCCCCAGGCGGUUGCCAAGUACGGCGCCGAGAACCUCAAGAUCUACAAGUCCAACUUCACCGCCAUGUACUACGCCAUGAUGCAGCCCGAAGACAAGGCGCCUACUGCCUACAAGCUCAUUUGCGCCGGCCCCGAGGAGAAGGUUGUUGGUCUGCACAUCAUCGGCCUUGGCAGCGGCGAAAUCCUCCAGGGCUUCGGUGUUGCCAUGAAGAUGGGCGCGACCAAGGCCGACUUCGACAGCUGCGUGGCUAUUCAUCCCACCAGUGCUGAGGAGUUGGUGACUCUCAAAUAA